AUGAUCGAUAAUAAGGAUAAAUCACAUAUUCAAUUAUUUUAUGAUAUAACAAAAGUGAAGACUAGUUCAGAUUUAAAAGAUUGUAAACCAUCUUACUGCAGAGAAGUUCUUCGACCACAUCCAAAAUAUAAGUUAUAUUGGUACAAUUCAGCUUUAAAAUCAGUGCAACAAGCAAAACAGUCAACUAAUAAUAAUAAUUCUGAAAAGUAUGAUUAUGAACAAGAAAAUUCAUCAGUACCAACAACAAUUUGGUCAAUCGAUCAAUUGGAUAAAUUAAAGCAUUCAAAAAUAUUUCGCAAAAUGUACACUUGUCCAAAUUGUCAUACUCCAAAUUCAGUUAAUGUUGUUAAAAAUGAUGAUAAUAAUUCAGCUAAUGGUGAUUAUUAUACUUGUUUAUCUCACGGAAAUUAUGGUUGUGGAUGGAAAGGUGAACAUCAACCAAAUGAAGAAAAUAUAGCAAAACAUGUAUUUUCAAUUAUUGGAUUUAAACCAUUAAUAAUUAAUUAA